AUAUGGUUUUCGUUUUAUUCUUCAAGCUGAUUUUGAAAUACCAUCGUCACGUCAAGACAUUUGUCAGAAUAAUUUGUGGAACGAUUGGCUUAUUCAAAAACAAAUGAUUCAUCUCUUACCAAAAGCAUAUGAAAAAUUUCAACGAUUACCUGAAUUAUUACAAGAUACACCACUAUCAAAAUUUAAUUCGAUUCAAACUCUUAAAUAUUUUUUAAAAUUAAUUCCAAAAAAAGGUGAAUAUGACAUAUAUUUUCAUAGAAUGAUGGAACAAUCAAUAGAGAUUCUUAUGGGUAUAAUCAAAUUUCCAGUGAAAAAAGAUGAUUCAAUCGACUGGAUGCCACCAUCUAAAUGUGUUUAUAUCAAAGAUCAGUUCAUACGAAAAAUAUUGACACAAGAAAUGUUAUCAAAAUAUUUUGAUCGUUACUAUUUGCAUGAUCAACUGAUGGACAUUGAAGAGUCAAAACUACUGAAAUUUGGUGUGACAAAGUUAACGUUUGGAGAAAUAAUUAAAUUUAUUCAAAUUUUAUGCAAAGAACAAGAACAUACAACCAAAAAAUCGUUAGAACAAAUAUGUCAAUGGUUAUUGUGUUUAGGUAAUACAUUGAGGUGUCAGAUGCAUUGUAAAAAAAGUAUCUUCAAAAACGACUAGAUAAUCGGAACCUCUCAAGGUGUCCAACUCUGUUUGAGCUCAUACUUUACUGAUCGAUAGGGCAUAUGAGUGUAAUAAAAAGAUUUGGGUUGUUGCGACUUUCUUCCCGAGUUACAGUUGAGUUGGUAAAAUUCGAGCUUGGGAUAUUUUUACUAAUGCAGUAUUCCAAUGGUUUAAAUAGGUGAAACUCACAACAAUAUUAAACUACCUAAACAAAGUUCACAGGCUGCAAAGAUUUCCGACCUUAAUCUUCUGUCCUUCAUGAAAAAUCGAAUUUUCCAUUUUUCAUAGGGUAUCCGCACUACCUUGCGAACUGCAGAUUAAAAAAAAUCUAAUCGUAUAAUUCAGUGAUGAGCAUUACGCUCAGUAUUAUUUGUAUAAAAACCGAACCAUUUGACUAUAACUAAUGAUAGUUUGUUGAUAGACAGAGCACAUCGCUAAACACAAACUUGUAGAACAAAUGUUUGUGAUCAAACUAAGAUCUCGCACAGCUCUGUAUGACCUUGCAUCAAAAAGUUACAGGCAUUCUCCUACAAAUCCUAAAAUUGAGUAUUUUAUACAGCAUUUUCGUUAUGUAAGAGUUAUACCUGAAGUAUUUCCCAAGAUAUUUAAUAGCGAUUUGUCGUAGAGAGUUUAUUCUGUUUUGUUUAAAAGGGGAAAAUAAACUAUAUGAUCUGACCGGCGCCGAUUUUUGAAUUAGGUAGAAGAAAGGUUUUAGUUAUUUUCUGGACGUUCUGAAAAACUAGUUUUCCAAGAGUCGUGGGAAAAACAGAUGAUAAGAAAGAGAUAACAAGCGUCCUGUAACUUUUUGAUGCAAGGUCAUACAGAGUUGUGCGAGAUCUUAUUUUUGAUCAGAAACGUUUGCUCU